CGAAAUUUCUCGUGUUUCUCUGGCGCGUUUGCACAGGUACACUCUGUGUGUGCAAGUGUGCAAACCGCAGGAGUUGUACACUACUUCGUGCAUCCUGGGAUAACCACGUGACGUGAGAUUCGACCACCGACUUCAUGCCCGAUUCAACUCUAGUCUCUCCGUCCGUUCCAGUAGUCACCGAUCCCCCGCUCACUGCAACAUACGCUGUAACGUACUCGAUACGGCGCACAUUCACAAGAGACUUAUGUGAUCUGAUCUUUUCUCGCCAAAUGCGCCAUGGCAACUGACGAACCGGCCCAACACGCCUCCCAAGACUUUACAGAGGAGGGGGCCAUCGAAGUCGCCUGGGGCCAAGUAGACCAGUACGAGAUAGUGCGCAAGCUUGGCCGAGGUAGAUCUUCCGAGGUCUUCGAAGGUAUCAGACUAGUCGACUAUCAGCGAUGCGCUAUCAAGUCGUUAAAACCUGCGGAGAAGACAAAAGUCGUCAACGAGAUCAAGAUGUUACAGACCCUACGAGGCGGGCCCAAUAUUAUCCAACUGUGGGAUGUUGUGGUUGACCCCAGGAGCAACACAACGUCGUUAAUUUUCGAGUUGGUGGAUAAUGUCGAUUUCCGUUCCCUUUAUCCACUCUUAGACGACAAUGAAAUCCGAUACUACCUGAGAGAGCUCCUCAGAGCCCUCGAGUUCUGUCACAGCAAGGGAGUCAUGCAUAGAGGCGUGACGCCUCAUAACGUCGUAAUCGAUCACUCGAAACGAAAGUUGCGCUUGAUUGACUUUGGCUCGUCUUCAACCUGCAUGCCAGGAACGACGUACGACGUACGCUUAGGCCGAGUCUUUGGCGCUCCCGAGCUUCUCCUGGAUUUCGAGGAAUACGACUACAGCUUGGACAUGUGGUGCCUGGGUGAAAUGUUGGCAUCCAUGAUUUUUAGGAUACAGCCCUUCUUCCACGGCUUUAGCAGGCUGAAUUGUCUCGAGCAAAUUGCCACCACCUUGGGGACAAAAGGACUUCUCAACUACAUCGAGAGAUACGACAUGGACGCACCUGACGUCGACGACAUCCCAGUCCACGAAGGGAGGUCUUGGACUAGCUAUGUCACCCACGAGAAUGGGGGCCUGGCCAACGAUGUUGCCAUCGAUCUCGUGGAUAGAUUGUUGCGAUGGGAUCACCAGGAUCGCCUUACUGCGACCAAAGCACUUGAGCACCCUUACUUUGCUUCUCUUGAGGAAGGCACUAGGCUUUGAAUUCACCUUCCCUUUUAUCCAACCGAAUCUUUGUCAAGGCGACUUCCAGUUGAGCCAUCCUCGCAACAUCCGAGGCGACAGCCUCGAAAAUCUUAUCAAGAUCAUCGCCUAAACCGAUUUUCUGGGCAGUUUUGCGGCUUCGAUUGUCGAGGAACGGCGCAACAUUAGGGAAGAAAUUCUGGAUGGAACCGAGGAAGAUGUCAGACCCGACCUGUCCCAGACCUUUGAUUUCCUGCACCCUUUCUUUUAGAGCCUUGCGCGCUUCGUCCCCGUGCUUUUCUCUGGGAAGCAUGUUCGAGGCAUCGUUGUCUGGUGCGAGUGAGAGUCAGUCGUCACACGAAGUCAGUUAACUUCACACCCCCCGGAGUGUUUCGUCAGAAUGCGCCAAUGACGGCUUUUCUCAACUUCGUUUGCAGACGUACCAUACUUCUCUCCCAUGAGCUCAGCCAAGUCGCC